UUUCCAGCGUCGCGGUUGCAGCCUCGGCAGCACCAACCGCCACUCUCCCGCGCGCCCUCCAGCCCGCCGCCGGCCCGAACAUGGCGGCUCUCAAAGCCCUAUCUUCCUGGCAGCGGCUGUGCGUCCCCACCCGCGGCUCCGGGGGUCCCUGGUUCAAGGGAUGUACUUGCUACUUUUCUACCAGCACACAUCGCCAUACCAAAUUUUAUACAAACCCCGUGGAGGCUGUGAAAGAUAUCCCUGACGGUGCAACAAUACUUGUUGGAGGUUUUGGGCUAUGUGGCAUUCCAGAAAAUCUUAUAGGAGCUUUACUGAAGACUGGAGUAAAAGGGCUAACUGCAGUCAGCAACAAUGCAGGGGUUGAUAACUUUGGCUUGGGUCUCUUACUUCAAUCCCGGCAGAUAAAGCGCAUGGUCUCUUCAUAUGUGGGAGAAAAUGCGGAAUUUGAACGACAGUAUUUAUGUGGUGAAUUAGAAGUAGAGCUGACACCACAGGGCACACUUGCAGAGAGGAUUCGUGCAGGCGGGGCCGGCGUUCCUGCAUUUUACACCAGCACGGGCUAUGGCACCUUGGUGCAGGAAGGAGGCGCCCCCAUCAAAUACAACAAAGAUGGCAGCGUGGCUAUUGCCAGCAAGCCCAGAGAGGUGAGAGAGUUUAAUGGUCAGUGUUUUAUUUUGGAGGAGGCAAUUACAGGGGAUUUUGCUUUGGUGAAAGCAUGGAAGGCUGACCGAGCAGGAAACGUGAUAUUCAGGAAAAGUGCAAGGAAUUUUAACUUGCCGAUGUGCAAAGCUGCAGGAACCACAGUGGUAGAGGUUGAAGAAAUUGUGGAUGUUGGAUCAUUUGCCCCAGAAGAUAUCCAUAUCCCUAAGAUUUAUGUACAUCGCCUUAUCAAGGGAGAAAAAUAUGAGAAAAGAAUUGAGCGUUUAUCAGUCCGGAAAGAAGGGGAUGUAAAGGCCAAGUCUGGUAAACCUGGUGACAGCGUGAGGGAGCGCAUCAUCAGGCGGGCAGCUCUUGAAUUUGAAGAUGGCAUGUUUGCUAACUUGGGCAUAGGAAUCCCACUUCUGGCCAGUAACUUUAUCAGCCCAAAUUUGACUGUUCAUCUGCAAAGUGAAAAUGGAGUCCUGGGUUUGGGUCCAUAUCCAUCCCAAGAUGAAGUUGAUGCAGAUCUGAUCAACGCAGGCAAGGAAACAGUUACUGUUCUUCCAGGAGCCUCUUAUUUCUCCAGCGAUGAAUCAUUCGCCAUGAUUAGAGGGGGACAUGUUGACCUAACAAUGUUAGGAGCGAUGCAGGUAUCCAAGUAUGGCGACUUGGCUAACUGGAUGAUACCUGGGAAGAUGGUGAAAGGAAUGGGAGGUGCUAUGGACCUGGUGUCCAGUUCUAAAACUAAGGUGGUGGUCACCAUGGAGCAUUCUGCAAAGGGAAAUGCUCAUAAAAUCAUGGAGAAGUGCACAUUACCUCUGACUGGGAAGCACUGCGUCGACCGCAUCAUCACUGAAAAGGCUGUGUUUGACGUGGACAGCAAGAAGGGGCUGACUCUGAUUGAACUCUGGGAAGGUCUGACGGUGGAUGACAUCAAGAAGAGCACGGGGUGUGAUUUUGCUGUUUCACCAAAACUCAUGCCAAUGCAGCAGAUCUCAAGUUGAAAUGUGGGCUAGACAUUUGACCCUGGCUGUUUGUUUUUCCUUUUAACCACGUAAGGUUUCACUGAAAGGGCAUCAGUCACCAUAACUGUAUAUUUAACAAGCGGGUUUCAACUAAUUUUCUUCUCACAUCUGAUGCUUCAUAUAGCUGUAUAAUUUUCCCCCACCAAGGGUGCUGUGACAUUUUAAUGAAAAACAGAAAAAAUAGACACGAUCAUUUUAUUUGUUCUAAAAGUGCUAAGAUGGUUAUCUUUGCAAUUGGUGCUCACAUUCUAUUUAUCUUUGCCUUCUACUGUGUGUACUGAAUAAUGUGCAGUUUAUACCAAAAUGGGCCCUUAGAAAAAGUUUUAUUGAUGUGCUUUUGCUCAUAACUAAUUCAUGACAUGUAGAAAAUCAGAAUGAGCGGAAAAAUAGCUCCACCCAGAUAUGCACGAGGCAACACUUCCUUAGUUCAGGACAAUAACAUAUAUUUGAAUUUUGACUAGGAGAAAUGUUGUCUUAAUGCCUCUGACUUUUCUUUUGGAGCCUUGAUUUGUGAUUAGAGAUCUUGUUCUCUAAAGCAUAUCUUCUCCGCCCACAAUUUUUGUAACUAAAUACAUGCCCCAGAAGGCACACAGGAAUAUGUCUGACUGAAGAGAGAUAACUGGCUCGUGGGAGAGGGACCGAAGGAUGUAGGGUCUCUUGGUGCUGACAUCCCACCAGAAAGUUGCCUUUAUAAUCCAACCAACCACCCAGUCAUCUGUGCUCUGCCAAAGAAUAAGGUUUAUUAUACAAACAAAGUCUAAAUAUGACUCAUCUAUCAAUUUUCUCAUUUUAAAACAGUGCAGUAUGGGAAUGUACCUAGAAGGAUCCUUAAGUGUCUUUCUCUAAAUCAUUGAGGCCAGUAAGCUGCUUGUACAAUAACUCCUUUCAAGCCAAAGAGUUGCUGUGGGGUAAUUUGUCAUGAAUCCAUAGUCACAAUGACAGCAAAAUUUUGUUUUGUUUUUAAAGAUUCCUUUCAGGCUAACUUAUUUUUGCUCAGAAAAAGUUCUUAAACAUCAAAUCCCUUCUCCUGUGGAACAGUGUUUCUCUCCCUUUAACAAUGUAUUUUUAACUCAGUUUUAUCUGGGUAGGGGAAAUAAUGAUAAACAAAGCCAGGAUCUGAAGAGUAGUUAGAAAAUAAUUGUUAGAAAAUAAGCAUGGUGAAUUGGGUUUUGUAAGGAACUGCUCUACAGCAGUUCCUCCAUUCCCAACGGUUACAUGGGGAAUUGCCUCAGAAAACAUCCUGGGCUUGAGGGGAGAGAAGCCUAAGCACUCUGCAGCCAAGCCAGUGAGCUGUCCUUCCUGACAGAGGUAGGUGUAGUGUGAUGUAACAGAGCACUCAUCUAGCCCUAAGUACAGCUCUUUCUGAACUGAAAGAGUUAUUUACUGAUAUUCCAUCCCAGUAAACCCAUGGUAUGUUGACAGAAGCUUAGGUUGGAAUGCGUUGAGUCCUCCUAAGCUACCAAACAUUAUAACUUAGCCUAGCUACUACUCUAAACUGGCUCGGAACAUGUAUGUUAGCUGACAGUUGAGCAAAAUAAUCUAACACAAGCCUAUUUUACAAUAAAGUGGUAAAUAGCUCUUUCAGUUUAGUGAAUGUUAGCCUGAACUUGAAUACCAAUAUGGUUUUGUAUCCUGUGAUCUCGUGGUUGGUGGGGAGCUACAGCUCACUGCCCCCAGCCAGCAUCAUGAGAGAGGCUCGUACUUCAUAUCACUAGCCUACCCAAGGAGCAAAAUUAGAGACUUAAAAUAUGUUUGCUACUGAGAAUGUGUCAUUUUCACACCACUAUAAGGGUAAAAAAAAAAAUCCUAAGAUGAGCUGUCCAUAAGUCAGGAAUUGUGGGUACAGGAAUUUAUGUGUUUCUAGGUGACAUUUGUCACUGAAAUGCAUCUUCUCUUCAGGUACAAUUACAGUGUUGCAUUAUGUACAGAAUUAAAUGGAAGAGUGAGAUUUUUUUGUGAAUUGUAUACUGCAUAUGAGAGUCUUUCUGACUAGCUGCAUGGCCUAAAACAUCCUCUCCUUAUACUGAUAAAAAAAAGGACUCUUUCUGGAAGUCGUGAGGUCAGGAGAGUAAUAUAUAUCUGCUCGAGUUAUGAUUUGGAAAAAUGUAUGUUAUUGAUGGUAGUGGUAGCUGUACUUUCAAAUUUACUUGCUUAUCAUUCCAGUCUGCUACUUUAAGAAAUUAUGAUUCUAAGAGUGUGCCUAAUCUUGAGUAGCAAACCUAAGUAGAUGACUUUAUAUUGUUGAUUAAAGAGUGUCAUGAUGUUACAGAGGCAUUAAAAAAUACAAUAAAUGUUCCAAAUUGA